AUGUUGCAGACUGGUAACAUUCAUUGCUAUGCGGACGACAGCACUGGUAAUGCCUUAUACACCGACCGUGCCGGUAUUUCUCGGGAAAUCGUCGCCGAGUACCGGGACAAACUUGCGUUUGAAGUAGAGUCUUCAUUGCUUAACAAAGUCUCAGAUUGGGGGCGACUGAAUAUAGUUCAAUUCAAUCCCCAGAAGACACAAGUUUACGUGUUAACCGCUAAAAAGAACCCCUUUGUCGUAUCUCCUCAGUUUGAAGCCACUCCCUUGCUACCUCAGCUAGCAUCAGAAUCCUCGGCGUCGACAUAUCAAAUAGUGUGCAGUUUCGUGGUCACUUGGAGGGGAGGGCCAAAUUGGCCUCUGAAAAGCUUGGCGUGCUCAAAAGAGCGAGAUAGUAUUCCAUUCCGGCACAUCGCUUGCAACUUUACAAAGCACAAGUUCGGCCUUACAUGGAAUACUGUUUUCAUCUCUGGGCCGGGGCACCCCAGUGUCAGCUUCUUCUACUCGACCGCAUCCAGCGCAGAGUGA